GCUGGACUGAAGAACCGUCAGCUGGACACGGUGGAUUUCUACCUGAAGAGUAAAGAAAACAUCCUGUCGCCUGCUGCCGAUCAGCCCGCAGCCUCCACAGUCAACCUGACAGACGCAGCUGUCCAGGAGUUGUGUCCUGCGUUGGACCUUCUGUGUUCGGCUGUCAGAGAUUCAAACAGCGAAGCUCAGAGCCGACAGUUCUCCGAACAGCUGCUCAACAUCACGCUGAGCUUCGUCAACACGCAGAUCCGCUCAGUGCUCAACACACACCACGAGGACGCAGGCGUGCGGAGCUGCGUGGACGUUCUGGAGCGGUACGUCACCGAGCUGAGGAGCUACAUGAAGAGGUUCCCCUGGCCUGCAGGGGGCGACACCUCCAGCACCUCCUCCUCCUCCGACUCUGCUCAGGAGGAGGCUCGGACAGACGAGUGGGAGCAGCUGCCCACGGAGGAAGUGGUGCGCCUGUCCAUCCUGACCAAUCAGAUCCCCCGAGCUCAGGCCGUCCUGAGGAGGCGGGGCCAGCCGGAGCAGCGUCUGUCGGCCCUGAGGACGGAGGGUCUGCGUCAGGCGUUCUCCUGCCUGCAGCGCCGAGACCUGCAGACCGCCAGCACGCUCCUCGUCAACACGGUGAGGUCACCUCGCUCCGGGAGUCAACCGACCAAUCAGACUUUAACGAGCUUUAACACCUUUGACACGUGAACAAAUUUGUUUGAUUUCUUUAAAAACGUCGAGGGAAAAGACAUCGAGCAACUGGGCGAGAA